AUGAUGCAACGGCAAAUUAUGAUUACUUUGUGUAUUUUGACAAACCUAGCUGCAUUGUUUUGUGUCUCUGCAUAUACUCAUAAAAUUACUCGUGUUCUAACACUACCUGCUUAUGUUAUUGCUUGGGAAACUGAUGUUAUCAGCUCAACAAAAUGCGGAAAGGAAUUACAAAAUUUCCGAAAUGCUGUUGAUCAACGAAUACCAUGGAGCUUGAAAAUGUUAGAUUCCAGUGGUGAAUUUGAAUCAGGUUUUCUUUACGGAAAUACUUAUUGGCUCGGUAGUCGCAGUCAGUGUCUCGAUACGAUGAAUACGGCUCCUUUACAGAUCGCAGAGCAGAAAAUAUCAAAUAUUACGGUAUAUCGUGAGCCGAAUAAGGAAUUUCCGCCUUUUGAAGUAAAUUAUUUUGUUGCUCAUUUGAGACAUAAUAGUACUCUUAAAUAUUACGUAAAUGUAUUUAACGAGGACGUAAUUUCGCUCGGACUUUGUUUACCAGCAUCGUGCACUAUAAAUGAACUAGUUUUUAUUUUGGAAAGAGCGCUCCAGGAUAAAAUUAUUUUAAUUGAUGAUCUAUAUUCUGUGGAUUUUCAAUUAAUCCAGGUUAAAGAUUUAAAAGAUGACAAUGAAUGGCUAUCCAGUAAUGCGUUACUUUUAGUCGGCGGAUGUUUAGUGACUUAUAUAUAUUUGAUGAGUAAAAUGAACAAAGGACAGAAAAGAUUUAUUCGAUUGACACCAGCUUACAUGAUGGUGUUAGGUGUGUUUCAAUUAAGCUCGGUUUGGUUUGAUAAAACGUCACAAUUUUAUGUGAGUGAAAGAUCGCAUGAAACUUGCGCCAAGUAUUGGUGGAGAAAUCUUUUAUACAUAAAUAAUUUUUUUGGCCUGGAUACAAUGUGCAUGAGUUGGAGCUGGUAUAUAGCUAAUGACAUGCAAUUAUAUGUAAUUGCUAUGACAUUGUUAAUUUUGUCGACUACAUAUUUCUACACUGCUGUUACGAUAUUGGGUGCACUUUUAAUUGGCUCAAUCAUUCUUAGCGGUUAUACUUCUUACGUUUAUGAAAUUGUCCCAUUUCAGACAUGGUUAUGGGUAUAG